CUGUUAGUGAGGAGGAGAUUGUUUGUUGUUUUGUUGAGGGGUUAAGAGCUGCCUUGUCGCUUGCACGCUGGUUCAGGUGUUACGGCCUAAAAGAGACCUUCUAGAGAGACAUUUUCACCCCCAAAUUAACCCCGAGUCGCGUGUUUAAUCUGCCGCAUCGAGCGAAAAGAGCCCGGACACGGCAAACAUGAAAUGGAUGUUCAAAGAGGAUCACUCCUUGGAACAUCGAUGCAUAGAAUCAGCCAAAAUCCGCAACAAGUACCCUGACAGGGUCCCGGUGAUUGUGGAGAAGGUGUCCGGCUCACAGAUAGUGGACAUUGACAAGAGGAAGUACCUGGUCCCCUCUGACAUCACAGUGGCUCAGUUCAUGUGGAUCAUCAGGAAACGCAUCCAGCUGCCCUCAGAGAAGGCCAUCUUCCUGUUUGUGGACAAGACGGUGCCUCAGUCCAGCAUCACGAUGGGGCAGCUGUACGACAAAGAGAAGGACGAGGACGGCUUUUUAUACGUGGCCUACAGCGGCGAGAACACCUUUGGUUUGUAAAAGAAGAAGCCACGACCGUGACUGGCCUUACCUGCGGCGCCACGCCAACACCCACCCACCCACAUGUAAUCACAGCCCUCGCUCGGCCCCUGGAGAAAACCUCAUGAAGCCCCGCAGAGAUUCAGCAACACGAACGUAACAGGAAGUCAGACUGGCUGCUCACCUGACUGGAUGAAUAAAAAUUACUGCACCAGUGUGUUUGUUUUGGCCCAUGUUUCACCAGAUUCAUAGAUGAAGUUGUGUAUAGUGUGAUACUUUGGAUUAUUCUUUGUUUGACGUUGUGAUCUGAGUGUUGAAGGAGGAACUUUGAUUUGUUUUUGUUUUUCCACAUUUUAAAUAAUGAUGUGUGUGAAUGAGUUUUGCUUUUAGUUGUGCUUUCCUCUUUGCAGACAAUAUUUAAAAGAACUUUUAAUUUAAUUAUUUGAAUUGAAUUACAGUUUGAAUUAGGAUGACCUAACCAAUAAAAAGAUCAAAAUGAAA